AUGAUGUAUUUAUCUUAAGAAUUGGAUAUGAUACAUUUAUUAACUGUAUCACCAUUUUAAAUAUUUAGCCUAAUUAGAGGAUUAAAAACAUCUACCUUUAUCUAAUCUCCCUAAUAUAAAUAAAAAUUAAGAAUAAAAUCAAAAAAGGUUGUAUGUGUAAAAAAUACUAUUAAAGGGCUAAGAAUUGGUUGAAUAAAUAAGACGCAAUAUCAGGAAACGGGAAGUGAUAAAGAAGUUUAGAGUGACUAUACCAGAUAAAGAAAUUAUAAGAAAACUAUGGAAUAAGCAUUGUAUAAUUUAGCGGAGUAUUUGGGUUUUAUUGAUAGAAAGAGGCAUUUAAAAAGUUUUAGAAAAUGACUAUUUUAAACUAAGCUAAGAAAGAAGCUGGAAUUUUUGCUAUUGUAAUUAUUAUGAAGGUGACUUCAUUAAAGAGCUAAAAAUAGAAAUUGUUGUGAUAAAGGAACUAAAUCAUUAUUUCAACUAGGAAUAUAUAGUCCUUUUAUCUACUCCAACUUACUUUAAGAUAGAUCUAAGAUAUUUAAAAUCUUGUGUCAAAUAUUAAAGCUAUAGCUUUUGACGGAAUAUCAAAUUUUUUUUAGACAGAACUUAAAAAAAGUUAUUUGG